AUGGAACAUGUCCUUCAUCAUUUUGCGAUUCGAUUGGUGAUGGUUUGGACUGCGACUACGCACUACGUACGAGUACCGUACGGGUGGGUUCUGUAGGAAACCUCGUACGACACGGCCACUAUGGUUCGUACAGUGCAGUGCAGUGCAGUGCAGUGCAGUGCAGUGCAGUGCAGUGCAGUGCAGCACAGACUACGAUGCCACGGGCCAAAGGCGGCAAUCCCCCGCGGCCGAGACAAACGCUCUCGUCAUUCGUGCUGUGCCCGGACCAUGGCAGCAGGGGCGACACCGGAAGCACCCCCGACCGUCUAGCGAGUCCGACAGGGCACUACGACUCCGAUAACAAAUCCACAAGGCCCAUGGCGACGAAUCCCACCGCCAGUGCUGCACCGGCGCCGUGUCUUGCCGGUGCCAAUAGCAAAACGAAACCAGCAAGGGAACCGACCGGCGACGACGGCAUGGAUGCCGACAAAGACGCCACGGGGUCUUGCGUCCCGGUCGAAGCAGUGCGGCGGCUGGCGCUCGAACCGACCGCCUCGUCGUCGUUGUCGUCUUCUGCUUCUGGUUCUGCUUCUUCUCCACGGACCAUCGUUUCUCCGGCACACCGGUUCGAUUUGUACGGAUGGAAACCGGACGCGGAACUGACCGAGGACGAAUUGUACCUCGACAUUGUCUUCUUGAUCACCCGGAGCCGGCAGAAAGACGGGCGACAGGGGCACAUGGGAGCCCUGGUGGUUCGACCAAGCGACAAAACCAAGGGUCCCGCCGCUGCUCCGAAUGUUUGUAGGGUUUGUCCCCAAUCCCCAAAGGGCAGCAGCAGCAGCAGCAAUGAUGACAACAACGACAGCAACAACAACGACAGCAACAACAACGACAGCAACAACGACAGCGAGGAAACGGAUGCAGCCGCAACCGCAACCCCUGCCAAGGCAGAAGCGACCAGCCCUUCGAAACCGGCCUUCGACGAGCACCGCUUUUUCCGGAACAUCCUGGGGGCCGGGACCAACACUCCCCUCUUCGACAACAACGAGUGCACGAGCGACAUCCACGCCGAAAUCAACGCCCUCGGGGAGGCCUGCUUGUCCGAGCGAUCCACAAAGGGCUGCACGGCCUACAUCACCAUCCCGCCCUGCAAAAGGUGCUUCGCGGCCCUGGUCACCUUUGGGAUCCGGCGGAUCGUCACGCGGCAGGCCGCGCCGCCGAUCAUCCGCGAGACGUGCUCGAAGCGCGGCAUCGAGGUCCGGCACCUGACCCACGACGAAAAACGGAGGCAGAUGCAGAGGAUCAACGAGCUGGUCAACCCGGGCCGGACGGACCGGGAACUCAUGGAAAUCGCCGAGGCGGUCAAGCGGAAGCGGCGGGAACGAAAGAAAACGAAAACGAAUACGAAAACGCGGGGGGCCGGGGGGGCCGCCGUGCCACCGCCGGCGCUCCUCCUGUUGGCGCUGGUGGUGGUCGUUGCGGAAAUGCUUGCGGCCCCCGUUCCCACGGCACACGCGCAGCAGCAGCACCUCUACCAGCAGCACCAAUCGGUGUACGCCAAGUACCAGAACCAGAGCCAGGAAUCCACCUACGUCAACAAACCCUUCGACAUUAGCGACUCGUCGAUCCCCGUCCGCGUAUCCCUAACGGGUCUGGGCGUCGUCCAGGGAGUCCGGAGCCACAACCUCGGGGUCGAUUUCUUUGGCGGGAUCCCCUUUGCGGCCCCUCCGGUGGGGAACCGGCGCUGGGCACCGCCCCAGGAACCCCCCAAGUGGGCACCACAGAUCCUGGACGCCUCCGAGUACGGGACGGAUUGCUACCAGAUCGUCGAUCCCAUACUCAACCCGCUGGCCAACCCAGACACCAUGUCGGAGGAUUGCCUCUACCUGAACAUUUUUACACCGGCGGGAGCCUCCGCCGCCUCGGACGCCUCGUCGUCCUCACAGCUCCUCCCCGUGAUGGUGUGGCUGCACGGCGGGGCCUUCCAGCAGGGAAGCGCCGCCAGGCCGGAAUACAACGCCCGCCGGCUGGCCCAGGAAGAACGCGUCCUGGUGGUCACCGUCAACUACCGGCUCGGUGCCCUCGGCUUUAUGGUCAGCAGCGAGCUCGGGCUGUACGGAAACUACGGGCUCAUGGACCAGCGCGCCGCCCUGCACUUUGUCAAGCGGCGGAUCGAGAGCUUUGGCGGGGAUCCCGACAACAUCACCCUCUUUGGGGAGUCGGCCGGGGCCGUGAUGAUCGGCCUGCACCUGCAGAUGGAAAACAACGGAUUGUUCCACAAGGCCAUCCUGCAAUCCAAUCCCAUGGGCUACCAGUUCCGGAGCGUGGUCGUGGCGGACUUUUUGGGCGACGCCCUGCGGCGGACCGUGGACUGCCGCGACCUGGAGUGCAUGAGGACCGAGGCCGUCGAGGAAAUCAUGCGGGCCCAAUCGAGCCUGAUGGGGAUCCCCCGGAGCGUCGGCGACUUUUUUGCCUGGGGGCCGACCCUGACCACCGGCGCAACAGCGUUUUCGUCCCCGUCCUCGUUUUCGUCCCCGUCCCAGGCCCGGCAAUGGGAGCGGGACCGGUCCCUCUUUUCCAUCGACCAGCAGAUCAGCGCCCGGAGCCGAUCCGGUUACCGCCGCGAAUCGACCACCAGGUUCACGGUCAACGUGACGCAGCCCCUGCACAACCUGAACCUGGUGCCGGACGACAUCCCCAUCAUCAUCGGGACCAACAAGCACGAGGGAGAGAUAUUCGUGCACGGCGCGUUCCCGCUGACCAUGAGCAAGGCCGUGUAUUGGAUGUUUGUGGGUGCCCUGUUCAAGGAUUCGGCCCCCCGGGUGCUGAAACACUACCGGCCCUACGUGGCACAACUCGAAGCCGACGCCGCCGUCCUGGUAGAAAAACAGGUCUCCGAGGAAGAACACAAACAGUACUGGAUGGAAAACAAGGAAGAACUAGAGAACGAAUACCUAGAGCUUCUGAAGACCACCGCGGCAACGAGGGGGGGAGGCCAAAGCAACGGAAACCGAAACGAGACACACGGGGAAACCGAAACCGCUUCCAGCUGGUGGCAAAAAGUGUUUUCGCCGAGAGAUCCAGAAGAGAUCGAGUCCCGCCGACGGCAACGUCUCGAAAUUCUCAAAAAGAAAGCGAAAGAAAAAGCCCUGAAAAAGGCAGCGAAGGUUUCGAUCGAUUACCGGCCCGUGAUGAGCCGCAUCAUCAACGAUUACCUCUUCCGGUGCCCGAGCUGGCACUAUGCACACCUGCUGAGCCUGCAGCGCGUCAAGAAGAGCUCGACCCGGCGAAAGAAGGGCGGCCACCGGGACCACCGAAACAACGUCUACGUGUAUCGCUUUUCGCAGCCCACGCACGUGCCCGGCUACAAGGAAUGCUGGGGCAAGUCCUGCCACACGGCAGAACUUCCGUACGUCUUCGAAUCCAUGGACAUCAUUCGCAGCGACUAUAGCACACUCGGCACGGUAGCGCAGGAAGAAGCCCCCACACCACCGGAGUAUCCCUAUACCGACCUCAUGUCGGCCUACAAGGGCGUCGUCGAAGACGACGACGUGGACUUCGAAGAAAAUCACGACGAUACUGGAAAAGAAGAUGACGACAGCAGCUCGUGGACUUCGACUUCCUCGUCUACGUUGUCCAACCAGCUUUCGAACUAUACCUCCUAUUUUCAACGGAUCCUACGGCAUUUCUUUGACGACUACUUCUUAGAAGAUUCCGACGAAGAAACCGCACACGAUAUGGCUCGGCGAUGGGUUGCAUUCUCGAGGACCGGCAAUCCCAACCACGACGAAAGCAGCGUGGAAUGGAUUCCCUGGCGUUUCAUACCCCACUCCGUGGACCUCGACCAGGUUCCGAGCGUCAAAGAUCAAUCCGCGGACGAAAGUAUUCCGUGGGGAGAGAACGGAAGAGAAAUCUACAAUAUCUGGAGAGACGUCGAGGAGAAGGUCUUGCAAGACUUGGAGGAAAACGAUGGUCUGAGCUACGAAGGAGAAGAACUCGAAAGAAACGUGGAAGACGCGUUCAGGAAACGAGCCCUGGAGGUCUUGAGCAUGGAAGUAGUCGAAGAGGAUUCUUUGAGAACCGAGUUGAUACGCAACAAACAUACAUCGGGUGGCAUCAACGGGGAGAAUGCGUUGGGGGCGCUUAGAACGUAUUUGACACGGUGGAACAGCACACUGGGUGGAUAUGCUUCUUCCGAAGGAAAUGGGGGGGGCAACGAUCACUACGUCAUGAUCCAACAAAUUCAGCGCAUGGCACAAGAUAUGGGGGUCCUGGGAAGAGGGUUGAGUGGCGAAUACGACAAGCUUCUAGGCGGUGUUUUUGGGAGCAGUGGCAGCAGUAGCACCCACGGAUACUGGGAAGAUGAUUUUUUCCCGCAAUUCAUCGAGCUGCAAUGGCCUCCCGAAGGACGCCUGUUGGAACGCGAUUGCACGUGCGACUUUUGGGAACGAAUACGAUGUAAGUUUUCAAUAUUAUGAAGGGCGAGAGUGCAGUAAUGUAUCCAUCGGAGAUCAUAAUAUCUGACCGCCCGCAUAUGCAUAUUUCUUCCUUUUCGACAAAAAAUAUGCUACGUGCACCCCAGAUCGGUACUAGAAACUGCUAAGAUAAUGAAUCAGCAUUGUCGACGUAAUAUUCAUCGGUAGCGAUGCUAGUACAGUAUUGUUCGGAAGGAAAGGAUUGUCCCAAAAAGCAUGGUAGAAACCAGUCUACCUUGGUCAAGAUACUCUAGCCAAUUGCUUGUGACACAUAUUUUAGUACGUCUUUUUCAAUACGGUGAAAUGCAUUCCGUCUUGAACAAAACGCUACCGUACGGCGUUAAUUCGAAUUCGCGGUGAAGUAAAAUGUGUUUUCCCAAUAAAUUCCAGCUAACAUUCGCCGACUCGUCCUUGAUGACUAUGAUAGUUCUGGAACAAACCGAGUCAUCCGAGAGAUCUUUCCAUCAUAACAAGAAAGAAAUAGAUAAACACGUUAAUG